AUGAGCUUGAAUGUUUAUAUAGUCACCAAUUGCCAGUAUUACUUUCUCUGUCUGAGCUGCCAACUCCCUCAGUUUCGUCCACGCUUACAAAGAGAACACCCAAACAACAACAGACGAAUUCAAAUUGCAGCUCAUACGAGCACGAAACACAUACUCGGAAGACUUGGUGUCAACAAUCUGGCAAACGGCGAGCGCAAUCAUGGACGUCUUGCCCGUACCAGACUGUGCCUGGGCAAUGACGUCACGACCGGAGAUAAUGGGGAGCACCGCCCGCUGCUGGAUGGCGGAGGGCUUCUCGAAGCCGUAAUUGUAGAUGCCUCUGAGGAGAUCAUCCUUUAUCCCCAUCUCGUCGAAGCUCAUGAUGGGCUCCACGCCCUUCGACGUCUCGAACACAAGCUUCGCGUCGUUCUCCUCCAUCGCCCUCCGCGCGCCGCCGCCUCUUUGAAUCGCCGCAGCCAUGCCGCUCCUCUUCAGUAG